GCGCGUCCCGGGGACCCUGCUGGAGCCGCCUGAACGGUCGCCGGGUGCGCGUCAUUGGUGCACGCCGCCCCGGACUCGGCGGCUCCGGGCACAGAGCGCGAUGGCGGCGCUGGGCGGCGACGGGCUGCGGCUGCUGUCGGUGUCUGGGCCCGCGUCCGAGCCCGAGUCGGCGGCGCUGAGCGGCGCGGGUCCUGGCCUGUGCUGCUGGGUGUCCGUGUGCUCCUGCCUCAGCCUCGCCUGCUCCUACGUGGGCAGCCUUUACGUGUGGAAGAGCGAACUGCCCAGGGACCAUCCUGCGGUCAUCAAGCGCAGGUUCACCAGCGUCCUCGUGGUGUCCAGCCUCUCCCCGCUCUGCGUGCUGCUUUGGCAAGAGCUCACCGGCCUCCAGCCAGGCAUAUCCCUGUUCACUCUGAUGGGCGUCAGGCUGGAGGGCAUCUUCCCGGCCGCUCUGUUGCCGCUGCUGCUGACCAUGAUCCUGUUCCUGGGUCCCCUGAUGCAGCUCUCCUUGGACUGUCCCUGGGACUUGGCCAAUGGACUGAAGGUAGCCCUGGCCCCCCAGGCCUGGGCGCGAUGCCUGACGGACAUGCGCUGGCUGCGCAACCAGGUGAUCGCCCCCCUGACGGAGGAGCUGGUGUUCCGGGCCUGCAUGCUGCCCAUGUUGGCCCCCUGCACGGGCCUGGGCCCGGCCGUCUUCACCUGCCCCCUCUUCUUUGGCGUCGCCCAUUUCCACCACGUGAUUGAACAGCUGCGUUUCCGCCAGGGCAGCGUGGGCAGCAUCUUCCUGUCGGCUGCGUUCCAGUUCUCCUACACGGCUGUCUUCGGGGCGUACACGGCCUUCCUCUUCAUCCGCACGGGUCACCUGAUCGGGCCGGUCCUCUGUCACUCUUUCUGCAACUACAUGGGCUUCCCGGCCGUGUGCGCGGCCCUGGAGCACCCCCAGAGGUGCCCGCUGCUGCUGGGCUACGCCCUGGGCGUGGCGCUCUUCGUCCUGCUGCUGCAGCCCCUCACCGAGCCCAGGCUGUACAGCAGCCUCCCCCUCUGCCUGCUCCUGGACCGGGCUGGGGACUCAGCCGGCCCCUUGUGCUCCUGACCUCGGCUCCCUCCCUGCGGACUCUCGGGGCUCCCGGCGAGAGAGGGGGGGUGAGGGGCGGGGGGCUAGGAACUGGAGCUAGCUGAACCCCAAGGACCAAGAGAAGGUGGGGGGAUCCCAGCCUCCGGGGCGGGCCUCGGCCCCCCCAGCCUCCCGGCCUCCUCGUUUUUGCAUCGGGCUUUGUAUUCAGAUAUUAAAAGAGUUUUAACUUGGGUAACCCAGAGUCAGGGCCGACCUUUCGCAGCUGGAUGGGGAGGGGUCCCCCCACCCCAGGGUCACGGGUUCAGAACAGGUCAGCUGCCUGCCCUCGGCUUUUCUCCUCUGAAAUGGGGCUAAAUGUGGGAACAGCCUCCUUGGAGGGUGGCGCUUGUGAGUAAGGGGCUCCUUCAGCCUUUAUUAAGCACCUGCUGUAUGCUGAGCCCCGGACACUGGCCCAUCCCCCCACAGACAUGUUCCGUGGGGAGCACGGGGAGGGGCUCUUGGCCAAAGCCACGCAGAGCUAACAGAUGGGACUGGGGGGUGGGGGAGGGAGGUGGUACCCGCUGCCGUCCCUAGCUCAGGAAAGAUGAGCCCGGCUUAGAAUUAUGACACCCCUCCCCCCCCAGCCCUGACCAUUUUCUGAGACGCCCUGCACUGCCCGUGCCGGACUCGGAGCUGCCUCUGACGCUUUCUAGCUAUGGGCGCUGGUCAGGUGACUUUGUAUGUGAGGAGGGGGCUGGACUCAGCCUCUGGGGCCCCUCCCGAUCAGGAAAUCUGUGGGUCAGGCAGAGGGUCUCAGCGCCAAGGAGGGGGAAGAGCAGCUCGAAGCUCCCAGACAGACCAGACACACAGCCUGAAGAGUCACCCCCUCACCUCUGGCCCUCAGGGCCGCUCCCUGAGGAGGGGACAGGGCGGCCGCCUUUCUGAGAGGUCUACACUCGGGAUUGCUCUGAUGCGGGGGAGCUUGGGGGCCCCUCCCUCCCUGUGGGGCCAGGCCCAGGUCCCCAAGCCCCCCGGCUGUGGGGUCGGAAGCCCCGCUUGUUUUGUCCUCGCACGUUCCUCUGGCCAAACCCUGCUUCCUGCCGCCCCCCCCCCCCC